AAUACAAUUCACCAAACCGACCUUCCAAGCCAAUUGCUCGUCAAUGGAUGCUUCAAAACUGGCGCGCUUUUCGGACCAAAACAAGCAACAACGACGACGACGUUGCCCCUUUGUCGGAAGACGUCUGUCGUCUAGUGAUGUUCGAACCCGAGUAAGAGCAAUCCCUCGACGGUACCUCCCCACAACACCCAUCACCAGUGCACACAAAGUGUUCUUCUGGCUCAUCAUGGGUGCUCUCCAAUGGUUAUCGGCGACGGGCUCCUCCUUGUCCUCCUUCUUCUCUUCCUCCGCCCUCACCAACCUCUCUUCUCUUGCAGUUGUAUUUGGUUGAAGGUUCUCCCCUCCCUCCCCCGUUCUCCUCACAUUGUGCAUGUUGUUUUUGUUGGAGGACUAGGAACAGUGCUCGUAUGUGUAUGUCUGUCAGUCUGAGUUGGAACGUGUGAGCGGAUCAUCGCCAAAUUGUGCCACACACUUGUGAUGAAACAAGUACACUCCCCGCGUGAAAGUGUUGGAGCCUAACUCAUACCAAAACAUUGGGAUUAGGUCUUCACCCAGGGAUUUGAGGCAUAGAUGAGACUUCAGACCCUAAGGGGACAUAGACAUUGUCAUUCAAGGCCUUGACGCAAGGCCACUCGAGCCCUUUGAGGGAAGGCAUGACACAUUGAGGGAGCUCAGCUGGUAACAUGUUUUACUUCCCCUUGAACCCGGAAAGCUCGGGCCUUCGAGCUCCAUCAUUGGACAGUGAGGAAGGCGUUGGUUCGGAAGAAGGGGAACCCCCCAAAUUGGGUAUGUUCAGAAAAUGUGGAGAUAGCGGGGAACGGUCCCGUGCGUCCCCUUUGCCCAAUGAAAAUCUCUUGAAAUUAGCCACCUCCAUGAAGCCCAGUUCAUCCCUCGAGUUCGCCACCCCACCCGAAUCGCCCAGACUUAAGUUGAGAGAUUGUGCCGUGACCAAGUCUGAGGAGAUCAUCUCCUUCUUCUCCGGAUCUCCGGAUGCCAAGCAACCCGUGGCUCCUCCGAGACACAAGCGACUGGCACAUAAAAACAAGUUGGAGCGUCUCAGAUUGACUAGCCAAGAUCGAAGCAGUUCCCAAGGUGAUGAGCCGCGGAUUUCGGCUGACUUGCUAAUCCCUGAUUUGGACCCAACGCUGGCCUAUCCGCCUCUUAAAGGUCACCUCUCGAUGCUGGUUGUUUCGGCCAAGGGGUUGCGACAAAUCAUGAAGACCAGAUAUUUUGUCUACGACAAGAAAGUUGGGCGUCUGAAGUUUUAUAAGAACGAAGAGGAUCAUCAUGAUCUUUUGGGGGAGAUUGACAUUCAAAGUGCGACAUUUUGUUACGAUGUGCAGAGCGACCGGAGUGGAGAGUUCACGAUUUGCACACGUCUUGGAGAACAUGUACUUUCGGCUGGAACAGCGGAGCGUCGCAUGUAUUGGUUGCAACAACUCCAAAAAGCCCGACGCGAGUUUGCUCAAAGCUCAAGUAACAGGAACUCAUUUCACAGUCAGGUUGGUCUUUUGAAAGAGAAGACCCCGGAGGAAGAGUUCACUCUUAAGGAAUCAAGUCCUUUUAAAGAGAUUAUGCAUACCCUGGAUCGACCCUGUUUUGAUUACACGUCUCCGCCCAAGUCUGCGGAUUACUACAAGAAAACCUCGUUCUUCCAAUCUUUCGCCAAGAACAAACCCAAUUUCCGACUUCCGAGGUCAGCCUCCAUGAGAACACCGUCUCCACCCCCUGGGGAUCAACGCUCACCUCCUCCUUCCAAGCCUCUUUCGUCUCCAAGCACCAGUUUCACAGCUCUUACAAGGAUACGGAAGUCCAUGCGCGACAAAAAGCCCACAACUGGCAAUGCAUUUUCACCAAAGAGAUUCAUGGAUGAAAGAGAUCGGGAACUUGCCAUGCUCAGGGAAGAUUAUCAGGCAUCAAAAGACGAGGCAGCCGCUUCCAAGGAAGUUAUCGUUCUUCUUAGGAAACAAGUGGAUGCUUUACAAAAAGAGAAAGACACAUUGACUGAGUUGCAAAAACCAAACUUUGACGACAGCCAGUUGUUGGAAAUACUCCGAACAAAAGAUGGUCAAAUCGUGGAGUUGGAAUCUUCUGGCAAAGACAACCAAAAAGUGAUCGACAUGCAAGAAAACCAGAUUGACAAGUUGAAAGAGGAGGUCAAGACCUAUCAACAAAUGCUCGAAGCUAAAGAUGACACCGUGGUCAGGUUAACCAAUCAUGUUCAUGAGAUGGAGCUAAAACAAGUAGUCGCCCAGUCCGCGGCAUAUCCAGAAGUCUCUCCAGGACCCAAGCUCACUUCCAAUGGGAUCAGCUUCGAUAGCGACAAGUUCGAGUUCAAGGAGUUUGUGGAUAUUGGCGUUCAAACCGAUAUCGACAAAGAGAGGGAGAAUCUCCAAGAUACGGUGAUGGCCUUUGAAAUGCAGAACAAGUUCCUCAAUAAGGAGGUCCUGGAACUCAAUCACCUACGACAACAGGCCACGGACAAGGAACAAAAGCUGUUCAUCGAAUCGUCCGAUUGGGAGGCCAAAUUCUACCAAAUCCAAUCCAAAUACCUUCUCCUCUUGAAUGAACUUCACAAUCCUCAAGUGGCAGUGUCGGCCUCCAGACAAGAGAUGGUCAGUCAGCUCCUCAAGGACAUUGUGGAGGCUGCCGAGAGUCCGACCCUAACCACCACCUCGGCCUCAUAUGACAGAUUCGGCUUCCGAAUUGACUUGGACAGUGAGCCUUCGCUCGAGGACAAGGCCGAAAGGCUUCGACGGCAGGCCGAGGAUGAUUCCCAGAACAUGACCACCGAGUUGGAAAACCGCGAAUCCAAAUGGGAAGAUGCCAUUGCCACUCUCGAGAGCAGGGUUCCUUUCACGCUUACCAACGAUAUCAAGAGGCUGUUGAGGCUGGGAAUCCCCAUCAGUCAGCGGGGAGCUGUUUGGAAAGCCAUCGUGGACCACAAGUUGAUGAGAGCCUCUCAAGAGCAUUUCCCAACGGACUAUUACCAAAAGGUCCUCUCCAACUACAAUCCUGGGCAAACCAUCAGUCCGGCCGCCAAACAAAUUGAGCUCGAUUUGCUGCGAACGUUGCCCAACAACAAACACUAUGAUGGACCGUAUGCGGAUGGGAUCGCCAAGUUACGUCGAGUUCUCUUGGCCUAUAGUGUGCAUAAUCCCGAGGUCGAAUACUGUCAGGGAUUUAAUCGAAUUGUGGCCAUCGCUCUUCUAUUCAUGCAAGAAGAGGACGCUUUUUGGCUUUUGGUUUACAUCAUCGAGCAUCUGAUGCCUCCCGAGUAUUACAGUCGCGACAAGCAACUCAUUGGCGCUCAAGUGGAUCAGGCGGUAUUGAGGGAGUUGCUGAUGGAAAAACUGCCCAAACUGGGAACACAUUUCGCCAAUCAUGGCGUUGAUGCAGGCAUGUUCACUUUGAAUUGGUUCCUCUGUGUAUUUGUGGACAAUAUUCCAGUGAAGACUUACCUUCAUAUUUGGGAUUCAUUCCUUUUCGAAGGAAGCAAGGUCUUGUUCCGUUAUGCCAUUGCCAUCUUCAAGUUCUUGGAGGAGGAUCUCUUGCAACAAACUGACUACAUGUCCAUCUUCAACAUGAUCCGUGGAAAACUGGAACGUCUCGCAGAUAUUCCCACACUCACUCAGAUUGCAUUUCAUGAACUCAACCCCUUUCCAAUGCGAACCAUCAACCACAAAAGAGAGCACCAUUACAAAUUGCUCGAGGCUCAGAAGCGAGAAUUGGAAGUCAUCCGUCAAAACUAUCGGAAGAAUUCGUUGGCUCGAUCCCUGCGAAGCUCACCGAAUCUGGAUCCCAAAUUGAUGAUUGCGCCCGUGGUUUUGCUCUCGAGUGAAACGGGUGGAGGUCCAGGUGGAGGUUCCAUGGGUGGCAGCGAUGACGAAGACGACGAGGAAGAAGACGAGGAGGUCGACCACGACAAAUGACUUGAUGUAUAAAAUGUUCCAUUGUCCCAAUAGACCAAAGCACCCACCUUCAUUAUCGUUCCCCAUAGUACCCCAUGUGAUUGACAGAUUGUUACACAUCAUCCAGGUGAUUGGUCAGAUUGAGAUUAGAUUCCCGAUUUUUAGCUUGAUUUCCUUGAGACGCUGUUCGAAAUACAUUGAUUGGUCGUCGUA